AUGGUGUUCAGCCUCCUCAGCCGCAUCUACUAUGGCUUCAUCAGACCUCCUCCCGCCCACAAACAAGAUGACGCCAUUCGGUUCGGCCUAAUCGGCGCAUCCCAAAUAGCCCCAAUCGCUCUCAUCGCCCCCGCCAAAUCCCAUCCGGAAGUCAUCGUCGCCGCCGUCGCCGCGCGUGACCGCGACCGCGCAGCUUCAUAUGCAAAGAAACACGAUAUCCCCAUCGUCCACGCCUCCUACCAAGCCCUCUUAAACGACCCUUCCAUAGACGCAGUCUACAUCUCCCUUCCAAACAGCCACCACUACGAAUGGGCCCUGCGCGCCCUCAAAGCCGGCAAACACGUCCUCCUCGAAAAACCCUCCACCGCCAACGCCGCCCAAGCCUCCGCGCUCUUCACCCACCCACUCGCCACCGCCCCCAAUGCACCCGUCCUGCUAGAAGCCUUCCACUACGUGUUCCACCCCGCAUGGCAGACCUUCCUGGCGCUCCUCCGGGAUCCCAGCGCCGGGCGCAUCGAGUCCGCGUUCGCGGCGCAGUACAUGCCAGCGGGCCUUGUAGCGCCGGCGGGGGAUAUCCGGUGGCGGUACGAUCUCGCGGGCGGCGCGAUGAUGGAUUUCGGGACGUAUCCGCUGCAUGCGCUGCGGCAGAUGCCGGGGCAGGAGCCCGUGAAGGGGUCUUUGGGGGCGGAGGCGCGGCUGUUGGAUCGGGCGAAGUAUCGCGGGUUUGAGCGGGAGGAGACCGAGGUGGAUGAGUAUAUGAGGGCGUGGUUUCGGGGGGAUGGGGGUGCGGAGGCGCGGAUGGAGGCGGAUUUGUCGGUUACCGGGGGUUGGCCUUUCUUGCCGGCGUCGUGGACGAGGGGGGUUGCCGGGGAUGGGGUGGCCGAAGUGUGA